CUCGAGUUGGCCGGAUUCGGGCGGGUUCAGAUCGUGCUGGUGAUCCUUUCCGGGCUCGGCAUGAUGUCAUCGCUCAACGAGGCCAUGGGCAUGAGCAUCAUCCUGCCCGCUGCCCAGUGCGAUCUGGAUCUGGACGCCGGACAGAAGGGCAUCGUUGGAGGGGCCGUUUUUCUCGGUACCAUGUUUUCAUCCUACUUCUGGGGUUACCUGGCGGACACGAAGGGACGGCAGGUGGUCCUGAAGUACGCACUGUUUGGCACAUCGUUUUUCGGAGCCAUGUCCUGUCUGGCGAGCGGUUUCGUAUCGCUACUGAUCCUGCGGUUCCUUACGGGGGUCUGCGUGGCAGCACCCGCCUCCACGGUGUACGCCUAUCUGGGCGAGUUCACCACGCCGAGCAGACGGAGUCAAAUGCUGUCCUUCGCAUCCGUCUGGGGUGGCGUUGGCAUUGUCUAUGUUUCACUCGUCGGCUGGUGGAUUCUCUCAUACGACUGGGUCAUUCCGAUCGGUGGAUCGUACGAGUUUAAGCCGUGGCGACUGCUGUUUAUCCUCAACACGUUGCCUGGGUUUCUGAACGGUAUUGCGUUCUGCUUCUGCCCCGAAAGUCCCAAGUUCCUGCUAUCACAGGGUCGCAGCGAGGAAGCGUUGGAAGUGCUCAGGAUGAUUUACCAACUCAAUCACCGGUCCAGCCCGGGCGGCACGUAUAACGUCACGAAGCUCCGGCUGGACCCAGAAGACGCCACUGCAAGAGACAACCGGGGCAAGCCGGGUUCGGGAGGCCUGUGGCGUUCGAUUAAGGACCAGACCAUUCCGAUCCUGAAAUUGCCCUUCCUGUUCUACUUUAUCAUUUGCUGCGUGCACAACAUUGGAGCAUUUGCAAUAUACGGUGGGCUUGGGCUGUGGUUCCCGGACAUAAUGAAUCAAAUCUACUCUCAGGGCAGCAACGCUACGGAACUGAAAGUGUGUGACAUACUGCAGGCCACCAAGCCGAUCGUUACCGAGUUCGACAAUCUCUGUAAUGACGAGGUGCAGUUCGAAACAUUCCUCUACACCAUGGUGCUAGGCAUUUUCGGGGCUGGCUAUGCGCUAAUCACCUCGGCCAUUCUGGGUCGGUUCAAUCAGAAGGUUAUGAUGGUGUUCAACUGCAUCGUUGCCGGAGUUUGCGGCAUUGCGCUGCAGUUCAUCGCCAACUCCUACACGGUCGCCAUUCUCUUCUGUCUGCAGAUAGUAUUCGCCGGGUACUGUGUGAUGCUCGUUAAUGCGAAUGUGGUUGAAAUUUUCCCCACAAACGUCAGAGCGAUGGCCGUCGCACUGACGAACAUGGUUGGGCGCCUGAGCUGUUUUGUGGCCAGCGCCGUCAUCGGUCUGCUGAUGCUGCAGAACUGCCCGAUCACGUUUUACAUGCUCUCCGCGUUGCUGUUUCUAUGUGCGGCCUUAACGUUUUUGUUGCCGAAAAAAUGAUGCCCCA